GUGCCGGUGCCAGUGCCCAUGAACCUCUUCGCCACGUGGGAGAUCGACCGCUCGGCACCGAGCUGCGUGCCCAGGCUCUGCAGUCUGCGCCUGAAGAAACUCACGGUGCUGAAAGAGCUGGAUAAAGAGCUGAGCUCUGUGCUUAUUGCUGUGAAGAUUCAGGGUUCAAAGCGAGUCCUGAGGUCAAAUGAAUACGUCCUCCCGCCUGGGGGCCUGAUGGAGACUGAGCUGGAGCUGACCUUCUCGCUGCAGUACCCACACUUCCUCAAGAGAGAUGGCAACAAACUUCAGAUCAUGCUGCAGCGGAGGAAAAGAUACAAGAACCGCACCAUCCUGGGCUACAAGACCCUGGCAGUGGGAAUCAUUAACAUGGCUGAGGUUAUGCAGCACCCAACUGAUGGCGGGCAACUCCUGGGCCUCCACAGCAACAUGAAGGAUGUGAAUGUUCGAGUGGCUGAAAUCAGCAUCUACUCUCUGUCCAGUCAGCCCAUUGACCAUGAGGAUGGGAACAUCCCCUCAGGUCCUAAGAUCAAAGCUUCAGAUCGCUCCCCAGACAUAGAUAACUACUCUGAAGAAGAUGACGACAGCUUCUCCUCAGAGCAGGAAGCCAGUGAUGACGCUGUGCAGGGUCAGGAUCUGUUUGAUGAAGAGGAUGACUUGAGGAAAACUAAGAAGGCCAGGAGGAAAAUGAUCCGAACCACAUCAAUUACGAGACAACCAAACUUCAAGCAGAAAUUUGUGGCUUUGCUGAAGAGGUUCAAAGUGACAGAAGAGGUCCUGGACUCUGACCCUGUAGACCAGACCCAGGAGGUGGAAGAAGACCUGGGCUUGCUCUAUGACAGCCUGGAAGAGUGCAACAACAGUGACAGCGGCCCAGAGAUCGAGGACAAUGAGAGUGUGCACAGCACACCCAAGCCCACCCUGAGGCGUUUCUUUGAGGGAGUCUCUCAUUCUGGUUCCCAGACUGAGAUCGGCAGUCUGCACAGCCAGAAAGGGCAGGAUCAAGAGUCGGGCAGCCCUGGAGAGGCAGACAAGCGGAACCCAGGAGCACAGCGACAACAGGAAGAGCCAGGAGCAGAGGUCCCUGCAGUGGAGCUCGUGGCAGAGGAGCUGUGUUCCCGGCUGGCCCCCACAGAGGCUGCCAUGAGAGAGGGCAGCAUGGACAGACUGGCCCAGCUGGGCCCUGGGACCAAAGCCGAGCUCCCCAGUGCCAUAUCUCCCAGCAAGGCAGAGAGCAAGCCAUUGUGGCGUCCUCGCAGCACCUCUGUGAAGGACCGGCAGAGCUCAAAGGGACAGGGUGGCCGUGCCAGCAGCCUGGACAGUGAGAGCUCUCCAGACUCAUGGCAUAGCACCCAGGUGCCUCGAAAGUCUGUUUAUGAUCAGCUGAACCAGAUCCUGGUCUCAGACGAGCAGCUCCCCGAGAGCAUUGUGCUGGUGAAUGUCGCUGAGUGGCAGGGGCAGUACGUGAGUGAGCAGCUCCAGGCGCACAAGCAGUUGGUUGUAUCCACCUGCUCCGUGGCGGACAUCCAGGCAGCCUUCAACACCACUGUCUCCCGCAUCCAGCGAUACUGUAACUGUAACUCCCAUAUGCCUCCCCCUGUGAAGGUGGUGGUGGCAGGGGACCAGAGCUACCUGAGUGUUGUCCUCCGUUUCUUUGUGGAGCAGCUGGCCAGCAAGACACCCGACUGGCUCAACUACCUUCGCUUCCUGCUUGUACCUCUGGGCUCGCACCCUCUGGCCAAGUACCUGGCCUCGGUGGAUAAUAAAUACAGCACUCUGUUCCUGGACACAGCUUGGCGGGAGCUGUUCAGCAGAGCUGAGCCGCCCACCGCAGACACUGUGGAUAUAGCAGGUCGUGUUGCCCAGUUCAUCGCUGGAGCCAGCCUCUCUCACCAGCUCCCCAUCUCUGAGGCCAUGCUGACCUACAAGCAGAAGAGCCCUGACGAGGACUCCUGCCAGAAGUUUGUCCCCUUUGUGGGGGUGGUGAAGGUGGGCCUGGUGGAGCAGUCUUUCAGUGCCUCUGUGGACUCGGAUGAUGCUACAGUCUGCACCCCUUCCCUGCUGAGCUCAGCACCAGCCUCCAGUGCAGCUGUUCCCUAUGGCAAGGAGACCGUGAGCACCCCGCCACCCUCUCCGUCUGUCAGCAGCAGCCUCUCGGGUGCUGGGUCUCCAAGCUCUGGUGUGGAGGUGAUGGGCCUGCAGGUGGACUACUGGACAACACAAGGGCUGGACAGGAAGAAGGAGGGUGAAAAGCGAGAGACUGGUACCAAGAACACACUCAAGAGCAACUUCCGCUCACUCCAGGUCAGCCGCAUCCCCAGCACAGGGGAACUGGUGCCCCCCAGCACCAUGGCCAUGACCGUGGUCACCAAGGAGAAAAACAAGAAAGUGAUGUUCCUGAGCAAGAAACCAAAAGAAAAAGACUUAGAACCCAAAAGCCAAGUCAUUGAAGGGAUCACACGCCUCAUCUGCACAGCCAAGCACCAAAACACCAUGUUGCGAGCUGGCAGCACAGUGGCCAACACACGUCAAGUACCUCCCUGUGGGCAUCUUUGGCUACUCGAAGAGUGUGUGAGACACUGGGGCAUCCCUGGAAUGGAGCUGCAGUGGCUUGCAGGAGGAGACAGGGAGCUGGACAUGCUCUUGUCCCCAUGUUCUGCAGACCAGUCCCUGCCUGCUCAGUGGGGGGAGAUAACACACCUGCAUCCUGUGGGCCAAGACCCAUGAAGGUGAGGCCAGUGAGACCGGGUCCAUGCACCCUCCAACACCAGCCAGGACACCAUGCCAUCUGCCUCCCUAGUCCUCCAACAGCCACCUGGGACAAGGGUUGGCACCAGCCAGCAGGGCCCCAGGAAAGGCUCUGGGCCCCACUCUCCACAGAUAGACCUGCCAGGCCAGCCCUGUAGCCAGCUGGGCUGGACCCAGG